UUUCUCACGCAAGGUGUGGUUAAUUUUUAUAAUAUGAGUAAUUGCACCUUAUUGAGUCAAUUAUGAAUAAUUAUCGGAGGGCACCUAUCCAAGAAACCUCCUUUGAUGUACCUCGAAGUAGAUCAGAAGAGAGUGUUUUUUCUGUGCAAACGUACUUAGAAGUUGAACAAAGUGGAUGUGAUGCAUGUCUCACCAGAAUACCAUACGCAACUCUCAUUGCCACUAUUAUGUGUGCUUUGGGAGUAUCGAUAUUUUGUGGAACCAUGUACAGAGGAGCCACCCUAGCAGUGUUGAUGUUUCGGGAAAUAUUUAAACUGAAUAUAUUCUGGAUUGAGGCAGUUAAAAUGACUUUUGUUAUAAUUGGUGCUUGUAUGGGUGCUCUUGGACUUAUGAUUUUGUUUGUGGGCUGCUUGGCAACUGGAGCUACUAGGCAUAAAGUGUAUAGAGCUUGGAGACAUCGAGUUGGAGGAAGAAUAAGUUGUGCAAUAUUUAUGGCUAUCACCUAUGUUCUAACUUUGGUAUGGAUAAUAAAGUUUACUUUUCUGGUACUGGUGACCUUUGUUUACACUGUAUUUUGGAAAAUGUGUGAGAAUCCUAGAGUAGCAACUUAUCAAGAUCCCAUCGACUUAACACAAUUCUAUUUCUUACUGCCGGACAAUACUCCUCAGGAAAGGAUGAAAAUAAGUGGAGAGAAGGAAGUGAAGAGUUUUUGUAUUGAUUAUGUGGAGAAAGUUGAAAUAAUGUUUAUAUUUGCAACUGUGGCUUGCGUAUUGGUGAUCUUGAGUUUGGUGCAUUAUUUGAUGUGUCUUUCUGCAAAUUACGCUCACAUAAGGGACCAUGAAAAAUUCCAAGAACUCGAAGAUCUUCAAAUGCUGCAAGGCGACCACGAGAUGCUGUCAGCCAAAGAUCGUUUCUAGGAUACGGCCCAGGAGAUACACCUACCAGAAAUAAGAUGGGGGAUGCCCCAUCAAAAUUUCUGAAGAAUCCCCCAGCCGCUAAAUGAUAAAAUGUCGCAAGAGUCGUUCAAAUUUUUGUACCUUGCUGCUCAACCGUCAGUUCAACGAAACUCUUGCAACAUCUAUCAUUGAAAGUUUGAGGUGUAUUUUCUGGGUACUUUAACGUUUUUUUAUCCGUCCGAAAAGAAUGUUAAGUUAAAAUUAGAUUAAGGACUAAGAUUCUCGACUGCUCCAAAGUGGGAAUACUUUUGGUUGCUAUAAUUCAGUUGAUUAACUUUGAAUCACAAAGCACAUAUCACUUUGAAUUGGAUCUUCGAGGUAACAAUUUAUGAUAACAUGUGCAAGACUGAGAAUGGCUUCCAAGGAUAAAAUUAUGUAGGAUUUUAGAAUGCUUAGUGUAGCCCUAAUCAUGGUCUGGAGCUCGUUAAGUGGCCAAAUUGAAUAUUGUGUAACGUACCAGAUUAUGUUCUAGUAUUAGGUUAAAUCUUACAUAACCUAAGUUUGUAGAGCACCAACACGAUUUGGACAAGUGCUCUCAUAGAUUUAUAUACACUGUGAUGCGAAUGAGUGACGAUGUCGAUAUUUUAAUUUAUUUUUCAGUAUCCACUGAAUAUUUCAUUCCAUCAUCAUUUACCCAUGAGUAUUAUAGUUUGUUUUUUGAGAAUGAUUAAGUUAAUUUCAAUUUUUUUUUCAAAAUGCCUUGUUCGUACAUUAUAUUGGAAAAAGAAUGUUUUUUUUCGUCUGCACAUGUUUAAAUUGCAAAUUCAAGUACAUGAACAAGGUUGGAGUUAUAGUUAGAGCAGCUAAGGCAGCUAAAACCUUCUUAUUAUAUUCUUAUCAUUCAUGUUGUUGAAUUGAAGUAAAUAAUUUAUGUACAGUUAAUAUUGUAUUACAGGCGUAUUUCUAUAGGUAUUUAUUUCAAAAAUCUCAAUUUGCUUUUCUUCAUACUUUGUAGAUAGGAAAAAUGUUACAGCAGAAUUUAUGCAGUGAAAUUAUAUCAUAUAGAAGUGAAAUGAUGCAGAAAUAAUAUGCAUAUAACGUUUUGAUGUGUGAAUUUGGCUUUAUAUGUAAGAUAUUCCAUGCAAUUAACAUUCGAGUGGUGUCUCCUUUUUUUUUUUUUGAAGAUAUAUAGGAAAAAUUUGUGAGUCAUCUUAAUCUUAUGAUAGGUACAAUAAUAAUCGUGGCAUAAAUGGGAUCAAGAUAAUAUAGGGUGUCUUAACAUAUCUACAGAAUAUUGAAACCAUAUUUCGUCUUAGAAAAGCUUUUGUACAGUCUUUAUACAGCAAGAAAUUCAAGUAUUAUUGUAAGAGAUGUAUGUAUUGGAAUCCACGAUUGUUGAAUAUGUUUUAAAGUGGACAUCUCGUAUUUUACCAUUUUAUCGUGGGAUGGAAAAAGUGAACAACUUAAAUUUACUUUACAUCUGCUAUGCAUCAUCUGUGAAAUAUCACGCAGUGUUCGUUCAAGCAAGUAGAACUAAUAAUAUCGGAAACCACUGUUAGUUGCAUAUAUGUAUAUUUUUGUAUCUGUUUAUGGAACUAUAUUCUAUCAUUAAAUAAAAGCAGACAACUUGAA